ACCUGUGGGCAGUGGGUCAGAGGGCCGCCUGAUCUCUACAGCGGUCUGUUCCUCUGUUCUAAUACGUUCUCUCUCAGAUUGGCCGCAGUGUUGGAGUGAGUGUGAGUGAUGGACAGAGCUUUACAGGACUGUACAGUCUACAGACAGAGAUCUUCAUGGAUCUUCAGCUGGCUGCCCUCCUGGUGUCCAUCUUCACCAACCCACCUCAAAACCGCAGAGGACCGCAUUCUCCACCCUCUCAAACUCCAGUUCACCAGGGGUCACGUGCCCAUUUCCAACGGGAACUACAUCUGGACUCUGGCCUUCAACGAGACCCACCCAUCUGAUCAGGCCUGCAGUAACGAGGACCCCCAGGUUCCUCUGGUGCUGCUGCAUGGUUUCGGGGGAGGGCUGGGCUUGUGGGUGAAGAACCUGACCACCCUGGCGCAGACCGGACGACCCGUGUACGCGCUGGACCUGCUGGGCUUUGGCCGCAGCAGCCGCCCGGCAGCGUGUGUCCAGGCCCCGGAAGCUGAGGAGCAGUUCGUCCAGUCUCUGGAAGAGUGGAGGGAGGUGCUGGGGCUGGAGGUCAUGAUCCUGUUGGGCCAUAAUCUCGGGGGGUACGUUUCGGCGGCCUACGCUCUCAAAUACCCUCACAGGGUGCAGCAGUUGGUUCUGGUGGAGCCGUGGGGUUUCACAGAGCGGCCCGAUGAGGAGGACCUACAGUGCAGGAUCCCCCUGUGGAUCAAAGCUCUGGGCUCGGCUAUGAAUCCGUUCAACCCUCUGGCUCUGCUCAGGCUGGCCGGUCCGCUGGGUCCGUUGCUGCUGCAGGCCCUCAGGUCAGACUUUAAGCAAAAAUACUCCUCUGUGUUUAAGGACAACACAGUGCCUGAUUACCUUUACCAUCUAAACGUUCAGACACCGAGUGGUGAGACCGCCUUUAAGAACAUGACGAUCCCGUACGGCUGGGCUCAGCGGCCCAUGAUGCAGCGCAUGGAGAUGAUCGACCCCUCAAUCCACAUCUCUGUCAUCUGCGGGUCCCGCUCCUGCAUCGACGGCCAAUCAGGACGAGCCAUUCAGGAGAUGAGGCCCAACUCGCAGACUGACCAUAUAGUCAUCACAGGGGCCGGACACUAUGUGUUUGCAGACCAGUCAGAGGACUUCAACCAGGCCGUGCUGAAGAUAUGCAGCAACGUCAGGGAUGGAGAGAAAGCAGAGGAGGACAGGAAAGAGAAGAGUGUGGGGAAAGAGUGAAUGUGGGAGGGUGACGGGGAGCCGCCGCAGAGCUGAGAGAGCAGAUAAAGCAGCAUUAUCAGACUGUCUGAUAUUAGACUGAUCUGUGAUUCAUACAGCACUGCUCAAAAAUUUGAAAUCCAUGUUUUCAGCAAUAUAAAUCAAUCCUGUUGCAGACACAGUGGGUUCUGAGAGCAGCAGUGCAAAUAUUUCUGUUUGUAUCCUUUUAUAAUUUCAUACUUAGUUAAGUUUUUCUCUACAAAUUAUUAUAUCGGCGUAGUGGUUUGAACAGUAGAAUAUUAACAAUUUUAACAUGAAUUACAGAAUUUCUUAGUAUUUGGUGAUGUCUCCCUCUUUUGAUUGCACUCAAGCUGCAUGAACUCUGCAGGUUUGUGUAAAAGUCUCAGGUCAGCAGAUCAAAUCCUCCUGAAAGCGGCUUGAACACGAGGUUCAGUGGGAUGAGGCUCUGACCUUUGAGUACGAAGACUUUAAAGGUGCAGUGUGUGAGAUUUAGGGGAUCUAUUAUCUAUUAUUAUCUGUUAAACAAAACCAUGUUCUCAUUAGUAUUUAAUCAGCUGUAACUCUGAAUCGUUGUGCUCUCGUUAUCUUAGAAUGAGCCUUUAUAUCUACAUAGCGAGCAGCUCCUCUUCAACAGAGGCCGCCAUAUUGCACCGCCAGAAAACCUGACAGCCACCGUAGGUUCUACUACAGUCAGAAAGGGAGGGGUGAGGGAGGGGGAGUCUCUAAAUCUUACACACUGCACCUUUAAUCUGGUCACAGAUGUACUUAAAUUUGAACAGUGGUCUAGAAACAGCGCAGCAUCGUCAGUGGUUCCUCUUCUAAUGAUAGAAAUGAAUCUCAGGUGAAUUUAAUCUACUCACAUCAACUAAUCAGCUCGAGUGCACACUGUCAUUGAAAGAGGGACACACCACCAAAUACCAAGAAAUUCUGAAAUUCAUGCAAAUUUUCACACACAUUGUUAUGCUGAUAUCAUCUGUAAUGAGAAAUAUGUUAAAUUAGAAAUGAACACAAAAUAGAAGCAUUUUCUCCAGACUGUAUGUAUAUAAAAUGAUUCCAGUGUGAUGGUAAUACUACGCAACUUUAUAAAUUGCUGUAUUGAGAGAAACGAUAAUAGACAUUAAUAUCCAGAGAGCCUCAUAUGCACAAAGCAGUGAUAAUCUCAGAGUGGACACCUUCAGAAGAAAUCACAAUAUACAC